CACGGAGCUCCACGAGGUCCCGCAGCGCUCCUGAAUCUGAAGAGCUCCGACAGUCACAGAGGAGACCUGCAGGAUCUCAGAGACCAGGACCAAGAGCGGGAUGGAGGAGGACAACCAGGACCCGGAGCCCCGGAGCAACAACGUCCCCGGAGGACAAACAGCAGGCUCGAGCUCUGAUAGCACCGAUGUUCAGAAACAGAGAGGAAAAGAGGGACUCAAACGUCACCACUGUCAGCACUGUGACAAGUACUUUUCAACAUCUGGAUCUUUAAAGAUUCAUCAGAGAGUUCACACUGGAGAGAAACCAUACAGCUGUGACCAGUGUGGGAAAACUUUCACUAGAUCAGGUGAACUUACAGUCCACGCGCGUGUUCACACUGGAGAGAAACCAUACAGCUGUGAACAGUGUGGGAAAGCUUUCACUACAUCAGGUGACCUAAAAAUCCACCUACGUAUUCACACUGGAGAGAAACCGUACAGCUGUGAACAAUGUGGGAAAGCUUUUGCUCAAUCAUUUCAUUUAGAAAACCACAGAAGUGUUCACACUGGAGAGAAACCGUACAGCUGUGGCCAGUGUGGGAAAGCUUUCGCUAGAUCUGGUGGCCUUAAAAGACACCUCCAACAUGUUCACGAUGGAGAGAAACAGUACAGCUGUGACCAAUGUGGGAAAGAUUUCGCUACAUCAAGCUAUCUAAAGAUCCACCUUCGUGUUCACACUGGAGAGAAACCGUACAGCUGUGACCAGUGUGGGAAAGCUUUCACUACGUCAGGUGCCUUAAAAACCCACCAACGUGUUCACACUGGAGUGAAACCCUACAGCUGUGACUUAUGUGGGAAAGCUUUCACUACGUCAGGUGACCUAAAAAUCCACCAACGUGUUCACAGUGGAGAGAAACCGUACAGCUGUGACCAAUGUGGGAAAGCUUUCACUUCAUCAAGCCAUCUAAAUUUUCACCGUUAUGUUCACACUGGACAAAAACCGUACUGGUGUGAACACUGUGGAAAAACCUAUGCCCGGAAUGGUUCCCUUAUAGUUCACCAACGGAUUCAUGCUGCUUCACUUUGAACAUUUCAGAGCCGAACGCAUGCUAAAACAUGUCGUAGGAGUAAACGUUCUUCAAAACUUUGGGACACAACAAUUUCCACCUGCAGAGAAACCCACAGAAAGAGACGCCAUCUUGUAUGACGUUAGAAGAGUU